GGUUUUAUUCCCCUCCUCUUUUCUCAUCUCUCCCCCAAUUCCUCUAAAAAAAAAGAAAAAAAAAAAGAAAAAACAAAGCUAUAUAGAAAAAGGAGAGCGGAGAGGAGAGCGGGGGAAAUCGCGUCGCCUCUUCUCUCUCUCUCCCCUCCAAAUCUUGCCCUAAUUCGUUCCUUUCUCGAACGAAGGCGUGCUUAGUAUAAUUAAGCAUCAGAAUGGCUACGACAGGAGCAGCUGCAGAUUCACUGGGUCCGCGCUUUGGUCCAGAAGAUCCCACGCUCCCAAAGCCCUGGAAAGGGCUUAUUGAUGGGAGCACCGGCCUCUUAUAUUAUUGGAAUCCUGAUACAAAUGUUACCCAAUAUGAGAGACCUGCUGGCUCCGCACCGCCAUUGCCAUCUGGCCCUCCUCCCUCUGCAACAACUCCAAACCUUGCGUCGACUUCUCUGAUGCCUACCGUACCUUCGAACAGUGUUGUGUCGCAGCAAACCACCCCGCAAACUGUUCAAGCUGGGCAGAAAAUGCAAGCAAACCAGCUAAUGCAGCAGCAACAGCCUCAGCAGAUGUCUCAGCAAGCACCAAAUCAGCAACCACAGCAGAUGCCAUAUCAAGUUCCAAAUCAGCAGAUUGCUCAGCCGAGGAAUGAGCAGUACCCACACAUGCAGAUGCCAUACCAGCAUAUGAGUUAUCUACAAGGGCAAUUCAUCCCGCCACCUCAACAAGGUUUACAGUUUUCAUAUCAUCCAGGGCCACAAACUAAUUAUAAUCAAGGGCAGCCGCAACAAGUGCCACAAAUUCCGGUGAUUCAGCAAACACAGGAGCCCCAAAAUAUGCAUCGACAUGACCAACAACCCCAAACAUCGCAGAUUCCGCCUCAGGCCCAUUUUCAACAGGGUCUUCAGGCCCAUUAUCAUCAUGGACAACAGCCAGGACUGCAAAGUGCGCAUGUUGCUGGCCAGCAGGGUCCAACAUCAAAGGUGUCACCCGCUAGUUUUUCAAAGAUGGAAGAAGUUGCGGUUCAGCAGGGCAAGCAGGCUGGUGUUCAACUACCAAUGGCUCAACAGGGUGGCAUUAUUUCUUCUGGCCAUCAACAGCCAGGUGGCAUGCCUUCGAUUAAUAUUUCACCUGUUGGAGUUCAUUCUCUUCAACCUAACAGGCAGUUUGCUGAGGCAUCUCCCUAUCGUCAACAACAAAUGAGUGGUCGUGCAGUUCCAAGUCAUGUGGAACAGUCACCUGUUCGCCCACCAAUGGGUUUGAAUAUGGGAUAUAACGAAGAUCGAAAUGAACGGGUAGGAAAUGAUUUUUAUUCUUCUAGCAGAUUUGAAGGGCCGAAGAUGGUGCCACAGCAACCGAAACUUGCACCUCUUCCCAUUCCGCAAAAUCCACCGGAUAUGAGAAGCGGUCCUCCGUACACUUCGCCAGGCCAUGCAGGUGGGUUGAAUACGGUCCCACCCCAUGCGAUGCCAAACAUAUACAACCCUGCUGCGUUCCCUAAUGCAGCUCCUUUGAGGCCACCUUCAAGAAUGCUUGGUCUGCCAGACUUUGCAAAUAUGUCUGCAGCCGAUGCAUAUCGCCAACACCAUGAAGUUACUGCAACGGGCGAUGAUGUUCCUGCACCAUUCAUGACAUUUGAGGAAACCGGCUUCCCUCCGGAAAUUCUGAGAGAGUUGCAUUUAGCUGGUUUCUCACAUCCAACACCAAUACAAGCACAGACGUGGCCUGUUGCAUUGCAGAACAGGGAUAUUGUGGCCAUUGCCAAAACUGGCUCUGGAAAGACUCUGGGAUAUCUUAUUCCUGCAUUUAUACAUCUGAGAAGAUGCAGAAAUAAUCCUAAGAUCGGUCCAACUGUGCUAGUUUUGGCUCCUACUCGUGAGCUUGCUACACAGAUACAAGAUGAGGCAAUCAAAUUUGGGCGUUCUUCCAGGUUUUCUUGUACAUGUUUAUAUGGAGGAGCUCCAAAGGGACCGCAGCUAAAAGAAAUUGAGCGAGGAGCAGACAUCAUAGUGGCAACACCUGGUCGGUUGAAUGACAUUGUUGAAAUGAAGAAGAUCAGCUUCCACCAGGUUUCUUUUCUUGUCCUUGAUGAAGCAGAUCGCAUGCUAGACAUGGGUUUUGAACCUCAGAUUCGGAAGAUUGUGAAUGAGAUUCCUCCCCGCCGACAAACUCUCAUGUACACAGCGACUUGGCCUAAGGAGGUGAGAAAGAUAGCAGGGGAUCUACUUAGGACUCCUGUCCAGGUGAACAUCGGCAGCGUCAAUGAACUUGUUGCAAACAAAUCGAUCACUCAAUUUGUAGAGGUGGUUGCUCCGAUGGAUAAACAAAGGCGGCUGGAGCAGAUCCUUAGGUCUCAAGAACGGGGCUCCAAGAUCAUCAUCUUCUGCUCAACAAAGAGGCUGUGCGAUCAGCUUGCCCGCAGUAUGGGUCGGGCCUUUGGCGCUGCUGCCAUUCACGGCGACAAAUCUCAAGGUGAAAGAGAUCAUGUCUUGCAUCAGUUCCGCACCGGAAAGGCUCCAAUUCUUGUUGCCACCGAUGUAGCUGCACGGGGACUUGACAUUAAGGAUAUCAGGGUGGUGAUCAACUAUGAUUUCCCUACUGGUAUUGAGGAUUAUGUCCACCGGAUUGGAAGGACAGGAAGGGCGGGGGCCACGGGAGUAUCCUACACCUUCUUCUCCGACCAAGACUGGAAAUAUGCGGCUGAUCUAAUCAAAGUCCUUGAAGGCGCCAAUCAGCGUGUUCCGCCGGAGAUCCGUGAAAUGGCCGCACGCGGCGGCCCGCCAAUCCCCAGGGAGCCUCGUGGCGGAGGAGGCAGGGGUCCAAGCCGCUGGGAUUCAGGCGAGGGUGGCGGCCGGGGCAUGAGGGAUGGCCGGGUUGGUGGCUUUGGUGGGCGUGGCGGUGGCCGGCAAGAAUUUUACAGCGGCCGUGGACCCAGGGGGGGUCGGGGCUUCGGUGGGCCUGGCGGGCCUGGGGGCCGUGGGUUUGGUGGCUCAGAUGGGCCUGGUGGUCGCGGGUUUGGUGGGCGAGGUGGCCGUGGGGGCCGAGGUUGGCAUGACCGUGGCGGCCCGAACGAUCGAUCCAUAAAUUCAGAUGGGCGGGGGAGGUAUGAUGUGCGAAGAGGAUUCGGAGAGAGGAGCAGGGACCGGAGUUACAGUCGAGAUUAUGACAGAAGCAGGAGCAGGAGCAGGAGCAGGAGCUACGACAGCCGGAGCAGGAGCAGGAGUCGGACACGAAGUAGAAGCAGGAGCAGAAGCCGUAGCAGGAGCUGGAGAAGCAGAAGCCGGAGCCGUAGCAGGAGCUGGUCGAGGAGCAGGAGCAGGAGUCCCCGUAGUCGGAGCCGUAGCCCGAGACCGAGCCAGAGCCACACGCCAAGGCGGCGCAGUCUGUUUGAUGUGCUACCCAGUUCGGACCACGACAACACAUUGCCAGCUGCAGCAGCAGCAGCAGCAGCCGCUACUUCUGCUGCUGGAGCAGUCAACCCGAGUUCCGAACCACCUAUGUCGUCUGAGUUCGAAGCUCUGCCUGCUGUCGAAAUCGAACCUCUCACUUUGCCUUCAACAGGCGAUAUGUCCCCGACGCCGCCGCCCGUCCCAGAUGGUGAAUCUUUACAUGGAAAUGAAACGGCAGAUCAACUUCCCGGCCCCGAUGGUAAUGGAAUUCCCAGCUUCACGGCCGAGGCUGCCCCUCCUUCAGAUCAAAACCAAACUCCUGACAACUAAUAUGUCCCCGGAUUCAUAUUGUUUUGUUAGAGAUUGCCAUGCCCCCUUCUCUCUCUCUCUCUCUCUCUCUACUUUUACUCUCUCUCUCUUUUUGUGUUUUUUUUUUCUGCAAUAGUUUAUGGGAGGGAGUGAAUAGGAAAAAGCAGGAAAAGAAACCCUCAGAUCUGGGGGAGUUGAAAUUUCUUUUCCUUUACUUUUUCCCCCACAACUGAACCAGUGCUUUGAAAGGUGGGGAAUUGAUAGAGUUUUAAAUGUUUUGUUUGUAGUAACAGGAUGAUGAUAUUUGAUGACAGUUAAUGGUCUACUGCAGUCCACACUUAUUUCGCUUUAAAGUUAAUACUUAUUAAAUCAUCCAUAUUAUUUCCUAA